AUGUCAUCCUUUGAGAUCGAAGCAUUCACCCUCCUCGCCCUCGCCAUCAUCGCCAUCACAGUCCGCAUCGUCGCAAGAUGGACCGUCGCGGGGCCCAAGAAUUUCCAGCUCGAUGAUUAUCUCAUGCCACUGGCCGGGGUAGUCUACGGCCUCGAAACCGGCGCCGCCUACAGCGUCGGCGCCUGGUGGCGCGGGCUCGCGAAUAACGCCAUGAGCGACGCCCAGCGCGCAGAACUCGACCCGCUCUCGCAAGAGUACGCCUGGCGCGUGGGAGGGUCCAAGACGCAGAUCGUUGGCUGGUCGCUGUAUACGACGCUCCUGUGGUUGCUGAAGGCGUGCAUGGCUGUGUUUUACUCGAGGCUUACGGCCGGCCUGAUAAACAUGCACCUCCGCGUCAAAAUCGCAUACGCCCUCAUCGGCGCCACCUACAUCGCCGUCAUCUGCUCCAUCCUCUUCGGCUGCCACCCGAUCCAGAAGAACUGGCAGAUCCACCCGGACCCGGGCAAUUACUGCCAGCCUGCCGUAUCCAAGAUCGAUGUCUAUGUUACAGUCACGUUGAAUGUUGCCACGGAUGUUUAUUUGAUUUCGAUUCCGACGCCGAUCCUCUUCAAAGCGCGCCUCCCCUUCCGCGAGAAACUCGAGCUGCUUGUCCUCUUCUCCGGUGGGAUCUUCGUCAUGGCCGCUGGUAUCCUGCGUUGCGUGCUCAUCGUCACUGCCGGCGCAAACGGCGCCCAACAAGCGGGCUCCUGGGCGUGCCGGGAAACCUUCGUCGCCGUGAUAAUCGGCAACGCGCCCAUGAUCUACCCAUUCUUCCGGCGGCUCGCCAAGCGCGCGGGACUCUACCUUACAACGCGCGCGUCGACGCGCUCGCGGACCCGAACUCGAACUCGCUCGCAGAGCUACCCGCUCUCGGACGGCGAGGACCUGAAAGUACACGGGAAGAGUAAGGAUAGUACCCAGGUUUCGAAGAAGAGGCGGUUUCGGCAUCCGCUUUCCCUGCCGGAGAGUCAGUGGCGGGAUGAUGAGGGGACGCUCACGGGGACGGGGACCGGGACGCUGACGAGGGGUGGGAGUGGGAGUGCCAGUAGAGGAAGUGGUCGCAGUGGCAGUGGGAGUGGAGGGAGUCGGGCGGGCGACGAGGUUGGGAUUCUCGAGAUGCAUCCGCUGCCUGUGUCGCCUCUGUCGCCGGGCUCCAGGGACCGGAGUGGGAGUUUGAAUGCAAACGGCGGCAGGGUGUUUACGGGGUAUAAAGACGACGGCGGCGCCGAGGCCACGGUUACGAGUCUGAGUCGGAGUCGCGGGCGCAGUGCGAGUGAUGAGGAUGACGAGUUGGAGAUGGGGAUCAAGGUUGUCAGGGAGACGAUUAUCGAGAGGGGGUAA